ACCACUCAGUUAAGUCAAAACAGACACUGAUUGCUUGUCAUAGUGACUGUAUUUUUACGUAAAUUUACGUCAAACAAAAUUGAACAAAUAAUGUGAAUAGCUAUUAUUGAUAAAAGAUUGAAUAAUGAAACUGUGAAAAAAAUCAUUCUUACUCAAAAUGGAGAGCGUUACAAAUUUUUCUGUAUCGCUUAUCAAAGGUUUUAUAGACAGUUUACGUGGUGUAACUGUACUAUUAUAUUUAGAUAAAGAGAUUAAUGAGCGCGCCCUCAGUCGCUCGCCACUGACGGAAUUUGAAAACACAAAAAAUAAACAAAAGCAACCAAAAGUUAAACAGGAAUCAAAAGUACUUACAAGGGUGUUACAAUCAUGCAUCCUAAAUGGCUUUAUAUUUUUGCUUAGCAUAUUAAUCUUUGAGUAUGUGUUAUUGCCGGCGGUCAAGUACUUAGUGACGGUGGUGUUCGGUCACAAUCCGGGCGUCGCACAUAAUGUGUGGGCAUGGAUGCAGCCGUUCCUGUCCAUGACCUUCCGCAUGAUAUGGGUGCUUCCACUGUUCUUGUUGAGCAAGCUAGUCAACAGUUUAUGGUUUCAGGAUAUAGCAGACAGCGCGUAUCGACAUCGGCGCGGGCGGCCGCAGUUCAUGUCAAGUGUUAGCAAGAUCAUAGCUGACUCCCUCUUCAGUUUGCUGGUGCAAGCUUUAUUCUUAGUACAGAGUAUGUUAGUCAGUAUGUUACCUAUAACAUACAUAGGCGAACUGCUCUGCCUGGUCCACAUGUGCCUGCUCUACUCUCUCUACUCGUUCGAAUACAAGUGGUUCAACAUGGGCUGGGAGCUCCACAAACGACUGACCUUCAUCGAGACCAACUGGCCUUACUUCUUGGGCUUCGGACUGCCCUUAGCUGUCCUGACGCAGAUACCACAGUCUUAUAUUAUAAGUGGAUGCGUGUUCUCCAUAUUCUUCCCUGUAUUUAUUUUGAGCGGGAACGAAGCGACGCCCGUUAUAGGGAGUGAAUACCCCCUUCGUCUAUUCUCGCCGGUGGUGGCGAUAUCCAACGGUUUGUUCCGUUUCGUGCGCCAGGGGGCUGAGGUCGUCACGCAGCGCAACAGGUGACCGACAACUAAGCCCUAACUUAUACUAGCGUACAUUGGUGCAGGGUUGUGCAAACAUAGUCUUGUGAUAGUCAUAUUAAUUACAUAGAUAUAUAUUUUUUACUUGGUUACUUUGAGUUUACAAUAGGAGACCUACUAGUACUUUCAUAAAGUUGAAAGAUAUGAAAGUAUGACACUUUUCUUUUUAAUAUGACCAUCAAUGAAUACUGUUUAAAAUAUUGUCAAAUUUAAUUGCAAGUAGUAUAUUGUAAGCUCAUCGUAUGAACCGAAAA